GUUCGGUUGGAGCGGUUGACCUAAUAUUCUUUUCUGUAAAAGAUUCACCUAGAGAGAGAGAGAGGAGUGAAAAUGGGGAAUUCGUUCGGGUGCUCGGCUUCCGGCGAGCGGCUGGUGUCGGCGGCGAGGGACGGCGAUUUGGUGGAGGCGAAGAUGCUUCUCGAUUGCAAUCCCUGUCUCGCCAAGUACUCGACCUUCGGUGGCCUUAAUUCCCCUCUCCAUUUCGCCGCCGCCAAAGGCCACAAUGAGAUAGUCGCUUUGUUGCUUGAGAAUGGGGCUGAUGUGAAUUCUAGGAAUUACUGUGGACAGACAGCGUUGAUGCAAGCGUGUCGAUAUGGGCACUGGGAAGUUGUUCAAACUCUUAUGCUCUUCAGAUGUAAUGUUGCUAGAGCAGACUAUCUAAGUGGUAGAACAGCGCUUCAUUUUGCUGCUGUAAAUGGCCAUGUAAGAUGCAUAAGACUUGUCGUGGCUGAUUUUGUUCCAAGUGCUCCAUAUGAAGCCACAUAUACUCAGAUAGAUAGCGAAAGGCUUGAUGAUGCCUGUUUAAAGAACAAAAAUUACCAAAGUGCAUUAUCUAAGUUUGUAAAUAAGUCAGCAGAUGGUGGUGUAACUGCUCUUCAUAUGGCUGCUUUGAAUGGCUAUUUUGAUUGCGUUCAGCUCUUACUUGACCUUCAUGCAAAUGUAUCAGCUGUAACCUUUCAUUACGGGACGUCCAUGGAUUUGAUAGGAGCUGGAAGCACUCCACUGCAUUAUGCUGCUUGUGGGGGAAAUUUAAAGUGUUGUCAGGUGCUUCUUGCGAGAGGUGCUAGUAAGAUGACUUUGAAUUGCAAUGGGUGGCUUCCUGUUGAUGUUGCUAGGAUGUGGGGGCGUCAUUGGCUUGAACCGUUGCUAACACCCACUUCUGACUUGGCAAUACCAACGUUCCCCCUAUCUAAUUUCCUAUCGUUGCCUCUCAUGAGCGCGUUGAACAUAGCAAGAGAGUGUGGAUUCAAGUCCAUGACAACCUCCUCUGAUGAUUCCGAUCUUUGUGCUGUCUGUCUUGAAAGAGCAUGCUCUGUUGCUGCAGAAGGAUGCGGGCAUGAGCUUUGUGUAAGAUGCGCACUCUAUCUUUGCUCAACAAGCAACAUUCCUUCUGAAGUUAUGGGGCCACCUGGGUCUAUUCCAUGUCCCCUUUGCAGACACGGAAUCGUAUCUUUCGUUAAAUUGCCGUGUUCCCCUGCUAAAGAAAAUAAGCAAUUUAUGUCCCUUGGUCUCUGCACCCCAUGCAUGCUUCAUCCUCGUGAACCAGACCGUCAAUCUCCAGCUCGUACGCCCGAUAUCCGAAGGAACCGUGUUGCUUCAGUCUCUUCCGAUAUGCUCUGCCCGGUUACUUGCAGCCCCUUUCCUUCUGUUGCCAUACCUUUGUGCACGUGCAAUGAUGGUCCAUGCCCGUCAUUUGAACCUCGGGAGGCAGAAACUGGAGAUGACUCGCCUAAUCGUUCUCAAGCAACAUCAGUAGACCAAGAUAAAAUGGAAGGGCCGAGAUUUGAAAGAACAACCUGUUCAAGCAUGUUUUGGGGAAGAAGAAGCUGCAGCAGGGAGCACCAGUGCAAUUCAGAAAUUAAUGCUUGACUGGCUUGGCGGGGGGGAGGGGUGGUUCCCUUUCUGCUUCAAUUGGAAGAGAAAUUUUUUUCUACCGAAAAUUGCAGCUCAAGGUAGUGUAAUUUAAUUUCCUGUCUCAAGACUGUGAGUUAUACAAAUCCAUGUUUGCUUGCAGUUUUUGUUUCGCUGGCUACAUGGUCCAUUGGGGGGCUCAAGUAGCAAAUUGACUAUCUUAAGAAUUGCUCUUAUGAUUUGGAGAGAAAUGUAAAAAAAGUGUUUGGAUGUUUGGUUCGAUUGUAAUUGAAUACAAACAAGGAAACAAAAUUAUAUGCAUCUUUCUUAGUUCAUUUU